UGAAGAAGUCCCAGCUAUUUCACGAUAUGCUGUACUAAAUACUAUAACACAGGAUUAAAGCGAGGACGAGUGGUGAUAAAAGCGGCGUGACAGGGGCUCAAUCGCACCUUCUGUCGCGAACUUCAGCCUUUCUCCGCGUUUGGGUUCACGCGCAGAGUGCCGUCCGCCAACCUCCAAUUCACUUCACAUUCAACUUUAGUUUUGAUCGAGACAAGGCAGCUUAACGACUAUCACACUUGCGCGACAAUCACGUUAGAUUGACUAGGUCCAAGAUCUUCGUCAUGCCCAACUUGCAAGAAGACGACUUAAUCUCUGACGAUGAAAGUGAAGUCGGCGACAUCAACCAUGGCGACGACAUCCCCGCCGACACGGAAGCCAAACAACAAUUGAACGGCGAGCUACACGACGACGCGAAACAAGCUGAGGACGAUGAUGAGGACGAGGCCGAGAACGGCGACAAAGCUGGCACAGAAGACUCAGACGAUGAGGCCGAAGGAGAGGUAUACGUCGUCGAAGCAAUCCGAGGUCACGAGUUCCGGAGGAAACAGCUGUUCUAUCAGAUCAAGUGGCAGGGUUACCCAGAAACCCAGAAUACGUUGGAACCGGAGGACAAUCUUCUGCCUGAUGCUAGAAAAAUCCUGGCCGACUACCACAAGAAGAUCGGUGGCCCACCCACUGCUCUUAAAAAGGCCAAAUCCAAACAAUCAUUACGAAGACAGUCAUCCACCGAGGAAGCUCCAGAACCGAAGCGCCGAAGAAGAAAUAACGCCGCGCCCGCUGCAGCCGCCGAGGAGGAGAUCUCGGAAUGGGUGCCAAAUAAGGAGAACUGGGAGAGUGAAGUCGUGAAGAUCGAUACUAUCGAACGAACGGACUCCGGAGGUCUAAUGGCCUUCGUCCUCUUCAAGAACGGGAAGCGCACCAAAGUUAGCAACGAACAGAUCUACAGACAUUGCCCUAGGCCGAUGCUGAAGUUUUACGAGGACCAUCUCAAAUUCAAGUACGCCUGAUCCCCAGACCCGGAUGAUUACCCUUACCCAGGCAGCUAACCCAGGACCCUAGCUGAUGAAUGGCCCUUUCUUGCUUGCUUCUUUUCGCCCGGAAUGUACAUCAAUCAUUUUCAGGCAUUGGCACAUCGGCAGUGCUCUUCAUUGAUUUUUGGGAUGUAGCAUGGCGCUGGAAGAUAUUGGGACGGUCAGCUCGAUUUCCAGCAAGAAGGCGUGCAAGGAAACGAUGUUUUACGAUGUUUUCGCCGAGAUACUACGCAGGACAGGAGCUUCAAAAAGGGGCUUGACUUUGGGUUGAGCACGCUAUUGAGAGCUUACCUACCACGUCUGCUCACUCUUGUGAUGCGCCAUUUUGCUCGUGGCAAUUGAAGGAGCAAGACCGCGACGUGUCUCACCUACGGAAGUCUCACAGUGCUGAUAGAAGCCAUGUUGGCUUGAUAAUGAAAAAGAAUUGAACAUACUAAA